AUGGCGGUGCGGUUCAUUGCAGGGUCAAGAUGCUGGCAGGGUGUGUUGGUGGCUAAGGGUGGUGAAAUGCAGGGUGUAUUAGUGGUUGGCAGGAUGGCUGGAAGGGUGGUGCAACAACUGAGGAAGCAACGGAAACAUGUUAGUAAACGAUACCAAUAA